GCUUCAGGGCAGUUGGGUCACUAGUGCUUUGAACUGCUGCUUGUGUUAGAACACAGAAAUGGCUUGUGGAGUUCAUUUGGGGAUCUUGCUGAUUUGCUUAGUUCAAGCAGAGCAUGUGCGUUGUUUGUGGGCUACACAAGCUCGAGGACAAAACAGCAACACAUAUGUUGGCUUCUCGCAGCAGAGGGGUGGACCUGGUGGCAGCUAUCCCCAGAAUGAACUCAGACAGGCCUCUGGUUCUCCUGGCUCCGCCCAGAGCAGUAGCUUCAACACAGACCCUGACGUUAGCAGUGGUUAUAGCCAGAGGUUUCCCAGUAGCCGCUACACACAAGCUGUUUCACGGCCAGCUAAAAGUGGCUUUGCUUCAGUCAAGUUGGCUCAGAGCAGCUCUGAGUCAAAGCCUAACUGGAGAACGACCACAUUGAAUCAGGAACAUGUGCAGAAGAUGCCCAAAAAGAAGCCGUUUGCCUUUUCUGGUUCUAUUGCUGGUGGCAGUUCACUCAGCAAGUACCAUCAAACUCCGGUUAGCAAGAAGAGAACUGGACCAGGUCAGCAGGGUUCACCAGGUACUAGCCACUCUCGGACCAGCAGUACGGGGACCUCUGGUCAGGGGUUCGCUCCGUCCAGAAACCACAACAUCCCUCAGCGCUUUGGUGGCUUCGCUAUCAGACGGCUGAAGGAACCUGCUGACCAGAAGGAAGUGAGUGUUAGGAAGCCACAGCAGGCCUACGUGGCCCCCCAGAGGCCCCUUGUGCCUCUGCAUCAGGCCUACGUGGCCCCCCAGAAGCCCCUUGCCCUGCAGCAUCAGGCCUACGUGGCCCCCCAGAAGCCCCUUGCCCUGCAGCAUCAGGACUACGUGGCCCCUCAGCGUUCCUCUGCAUCCCACAAGCCACAGGUCCUGAGUGUCCGUCCAGAGGCCAGUUGGAAGAGGAUCAGGUCCCGUGUGGACAGUAGCAGGUGA